AUGCAGACAGGAAGACAAGAAGAGGGUAGAGGAGAAUUCGAGAGACAAGACGGGCAGAAGGUUCAGCCAGAGGAAGAUCCGGUGCAGAAGGACAGCACGGGAGCGGACAGCAGGCGGAGAAGUCGCGCGGGCGUGGAGACCGGAGGUCGCACAGGCGCCGCCGAUAUGGGGGAAAGCAGUUGGGGCGUGGUUCGCCGAAUGAGAGGCGGAAAGAGGAACUGUAAACGACACUCGAAGUGGGGAACGACGAAGGUUUCAGGGCCGAAGCGCUGCAGAGAAGAAAUGCGAAGCGAGAACCGGCGCGGGGGAGGGCCAGCAAAUCACGGCUUGCUCAAAGACGGAGACACAGACGCAACCAUCGACGAGUGUGGGGGGUGCCGUGAAGCAGAAACAAAAAAGGAGAAAAAGGUGGGAGUUUUCUCUGACAGAUCAACGGACAAACCGAUUAGCGCUGAGCGACGGUUUCCCCAAAGGUCUUCGCCGCAGACCGCAUGACUCUGUGCUGCGGGCUCGUCGAUGCGCGCAAAACGCAUGCACGGGGAGGGGUACUUCCGAGGGACAACCGACGGGACCUGCGGACGUCUUUGAUUUGAAACAGCUCUGGAGACGAAAACAG